AUGUCUACGGAAGCUUGCUGUACCUGCGCCGCGCUCCUGUCCACGAUUCCUCCUGCGUACGACGAGAAGACCGAGAAGCCCUCGCAGUACGAGCGCCGGCUGGAGUGCUGCGAACGCGCCAUAUGUGCACGAUGCAUUUCGGACAACCCCCGCUUCGCCACCUAUUGUCCUUUCUGCCAGAUUUCCAUCACGCCGUCCCCUUUGCCGCAAGGUCUACGAGACCCUCCGGCAUACUCACCGCCACCGUCACCCAGACCUCGCCACGCCACCUUAGCCCGCGUAGACACCCACGAGCGGCCACCCCCAUAUGAAGGGCAUCAGCCGGUCCAGCCGCCUGCGGGGAAGGCCAAGGAAGAGCCGGCGCCGGACGUGCUCCACUUUGUUGAUCCUGAUACUGACACUGUCACCAACUUAUCACUGAGAUAUGGCGUGCCGGCCUCGGCCCUCAGGAAAACCAACAACAUUUUUGCCGAUCACCUCUUGCAUGGAAGGAGAACAGUCCUCAUACCGGGGGAAUAUUAUAAAGGAGGCGUGAGUUUGAGUCCGCGGCCGGUGGAAGGUGAAGAGGAGGAAGCUCGGAAGGUCAAAGUACGCAAGUGGAUGGUUGCUUGCAAAGUGGCCGAGUACGACAUCGCGCUACUAUACCUCAAGCAAGCCGACUACGAUUUAAACGCCGCCGUAGAGGCGUAUAAGGACGAUGAGCGGUGGGAGCAAGAGCAUCCCUUACAAGGCAGCUCAACCGGGAAGAAUCAGUUGCGGAUUGGCCGCAGCAGGUGGUCGGCUGGCGGAAGUUUGACGGGGCAAUUGUAG